UUUCAAUUAAAAAUUCAACAAAAAAUUUAAAAGAAGAUUUAGAAAAGCCAUUAAGAGAUGAUAAAAUGAAUAAACAAGAGGAGAAAGGAAAUAAUGCUCGAUUUCUUGUUGAUGGGGCUGUUAUUGGAAGAAUUCAACAAAAAUUUAAUAAUAAAAUAAAUGAAAGGAAUAGAUCAGAGGAACUAAAUACAGGAUCACUAUUCUACUCCAAACCUAAACUAUUAAAUAAUGGGUGA